CUUAAAUAUUGUAUAAAUAAAUAAAUUUACAGAUUCUAGUAAAAUGUCGAGGAUGAGAAACAGUGUAGGAACGUUUAGAAUGCGUGGUUUGAUGGAGCUUAUGCAACUGUACACAUCGAAAACCAGUAAUGCUAUGAUGAAGAAUGUUGUUUUUGGUACUACUAGGCCAAGAAUUGCUGAUAAUGGUGUAUGUAAUUUGCAAUUUUCUGAAAGAUUUGUGCUUGAAGAUCAUGCUCGUACUGCUGCUACUUCUUGUCAAAUAGGAACAGAAGAGAGAGCAUCGUCGUCUAAACCGACAUCGUCUCCAACUCCUCGACCACAGCCAUCAGUUGGUCGGUUCCCGUGGUUAAAAGUGUUUUUGGGCUCUGUGUUUUCGCUACUUCUAGCAUUUCGGGCACCAUGGACAACUCUUCUCAAAAUAGGAGGAGAGGCAGAGGUGGUGAUGAAAGAGGUGGAACAAGCGGCGGAAGUAGUGGAAAAGGUGGCAACUGUGGUGGAGAAAGUGUCUGAAGAAGUGGCUGAUAAAAUACCUGGAGAUCAUAAUAAAAUUAAGGAAGCUGUUUUGGUUGUUGAGCAUUUUUCUCAAGAGGCUGCUAAGGAUGCACAAAUAGCUGAACAAAUCAUUCACAAGGUAGAAGUGAUGAAACAAGACCUUGAAGAUGUGGGAGAGACGAUAGAGCCUAUUAUUGAAAAAUUUAUUCAUCAAAAUAAGUCGUCUAAUGCAGCACUUGACCACAAUUUGUAGAGAAUCAAGUGUUAUUUCGAUUAAAAAAAAAAUUCCAUUUUUUCAAGCAAAAUUAUGAAUUCGAUUCUGGUCGUAAAGUAGCUUAUUAUUUAUGAUUUCAUUAAUACUCAUGUUUAACUAACAAUGUUUCAUUUUAACGAUUUUAAAUACAAUAAUAAUUGUAUAAUAGUUUAAA